GAUGCUGUUCGUUUCUCUCUUUUUUUAUUUUUUUUUCCCCUUCUACAGGAGUUGCCGAUCCAAAGGCCUGGCUCAGGAGUGAUCCUGUGCCACCUGUACCAUCAAGAUCAAGAUCAAGAUCAGGAACUAUGGGGACGCCGCAGCCUUCUUUCAUCUUCCCCUUGGUGGUGGGCUCCUUCACGGCCGUGUCCUACGUGUUCCUGGUGGCAGUGUACACGGUGCAGCCCACGCCCUUCAUUGAUGAGGCCUUCCACGUGCCCCAGGCUCAGAAAUACUGCGCAGGGAAGUUCAAAGAAUGGGACGCCAAGAUCACCACGCUGCCCGGCCUCUACCUCUUCUCUAUUGGCCUCAACGGACCCGUGUCGUGGGUGCUCGGCCGCCAGCUGUGUGACGUGUUCUCCCUGCGUGUCACCAACUUGGUCGCUGCCGCCUUCAUGCUCUCCUCCCUUCACAAGCUGCUUACCUUCCUUCACGGCACUAAGGUGGAUGGGUGGAAGCUGAUCCUGGCGGGGGUGAACCUGUCGCUGCUGCCGGUGAUGUACUGGUUCACCUUCCUCUACUACACUGACACCCUGGCGACACUGGUGGUGCUGGUCAUGAUGUUGCUGCACUUCCACCGUGCCCCAACUGCUGCUGCUGCCAUGGGGGUGGUGGCGGUGAUGAUGCGGCAGACGAACAUCAUCUGGGUGGGGUUCCUGUGUGUCCUCCAAGCCGCGGAUGUGCUGGGGGCGCGCAUGCUGAAGGCUCCCAUCAACACUGUCAAUGAUGCUAAGACGCUGGUGAAGAGGCUCCGCAAGACAGCCACCAAGCCUUACCGCCUGGCCGAGGUGCUGGCAGACGUGGUGGUGGAGUGUUUCGGCUACGGCAUGGUGCUGGUAAGCUUUCUGGUCUUUGUGGGUUACAACGGAGGCAUUGUUGUGGGGGACCGGUCAGCUCAUCAGGCGACGCUACACCUCCCUCAGCUUGGGUACUUUGCACUGUUCUUCAUCAUCUUCUCUCUGCCUCACGUCCCUCACCACAUUAAGCCGUUCCUGAGGGUGUGUCAGCGCCGCCCUGGCCUCUGUGCCGCCAUGCUGGUGGCCGGCGUCAUGGCGGUGCACUCCAACACUCUGGUGCAUCCGUACCUCUUGGCCGACAACCGACACCUCACCUUUUACCUGUGGAACCGGUUUUACGGAAAGUACGCGGCAGCUCGGUACAUCAUGGUGCCGGUGUACAUGUUUGGUGGGUUCAUGGUUCACUCGUUCAUCCAAAGCCGCAGUCUAGUUUUCCGUCUGCUGUACCUGUUCUGCGUGGCGGCGACCUUAGUGCCCCAGCGACUCCUGGAGCCACGGUACUUCAUCAUUCCCUUCCUGGUGGCACGGUUACAAACGGCAUCGCGCAGCUGGUGGCAGUUGUGGGCUGAGACACUGUACUUCCUUCUCAUUAACUGUCUGACUCUCUAUCUGUUUGUCAGUAAGACUUUCCUGUGGGAGGACAGCACAGAGUUACAGAGGAUAAUAUGGUGAUGUGCUCAGCUGUGGCUCCUCUUAGCUGUGGUGCGCAAGCUAUUGGUUUUCUAUUUUUCUGCUAUUUGUGGUUGUCAUGUGUCGGGCUAGGUUAGGUUAAGGGUUUUUUGAGUGUGUGUGUGUUGUUGUAUCUGUGUUUUGAUGGGGUGUGUGUCUCCGUGCGCGUGUUUAUGUGGGGGAGUGGCGGAGUUUUGUGUGUUUGUGUGGAUGUUUUUGUAUCUUUGUGUGUUUUAAGUGUUUUUGUAUGUGUUUUGAUCUGGUGUGCAAGUUUUAUGUGUCUGUGUGUGUGUGUGUUUGUGUGUGUUUUUAAGCUUUGUAUAUAUAUAUAUCUGUGUGGAAGUUUUGUGUGUGUGUGUGUGUGUGUGUGUGUGUGUGUGUGUGUGUGUGUGUGUGUGUGUGUGUGUGUGUGUGUGUGUGUGUGUUUAUAAGUGAUUUGUAUCGGUGUGUUGCAGAUUUUUCUGGGGCGCACAUGUCAGUAUCCCAUUAUGUGUUGCAUGGCAUCCUGUUUUGCCUCCAUAAGUGUUCCAUUACCCUUAUGGUCCUCCUUGUUUUCUGUUUUAUCUGCGUAUGCACAACAUGGCAAAGCUACCCGUGUUUUUCUUAAUAAUCCAGUGUUUCAAGCCCAUGGUCAGAAACACUGCUCUCUCAAUCAACAGAACUAUUUUCCAAGGCCACAGAGAUGAAUAGCUAGGUUCUCAAGAGUGUUUCUCCUGUCAGUAAUGCAUAAACCUUACUGAUCUGUCACUAGAACCAUAGAAGCACCCUUGAAAACCCGUGCACUUUCACCUAGAGCCUUUUGAGUCGUGGAGUGUUCUUUUAGUCUGCACAAACCUUUUAUAACUGUGGGUGAAGGAUUAACUCAACACAUCCGAACUCCCUUACAGAGCGACCUAGGACCAUGAAAAACAAGGAAAGUAACUUAGUAUUUUAAUGAACAAAUCGACACUGUGUUUUGGUGAUAAUCCAGUGUUUUGCUUUGCACCGAUAACCCUCUCCAAGAAUUCACUCACUGCAUCCUGACUCCUAAACAAAGCUACCUGGGACCAUGAAAAACAAAGAGUAACUUAGUGUUCUACUGAGCAAUACAAUCUGGUGUUUAGUACAAUGAGAGGUCUCCAUUAUAUAUUUGGUGCUUGAGUUGCGUUUGUUUUCUUUCUUGCUGUUGGUUACACUCGAAUUGUUUGAAAGUUGUGCUCGUUCAGGGAUUUUCAUGUUUGUUUGUGUGUGUGUGUGUGUGUGUGUGUGUGUUGUAUAUUCUCCCUGAAAAGUAUUGUUUACGUUUAUUCUCAUUUUGUUUAUUAAGAUAGUGUUUUUAUUAUUAUUAUUAUUCAUGUUGAUAUAAUUGUUAAGUUUAGUCUAUCCUGAUGGCUGUUUAGUUAUUUAUUUAUUUAUCUAUUCAUUCUUGACUCUCUCUUAUAGCAGUGAGUACUUUGUUAAAUGCUCAGUUUGUUUGACUUGAAGCAUUUGUUAUAUCUGAAACUUGCCAUAUUGGGGUUUACGCUUCACAAUAUAUUUCCAAGCACUUUCCCUUAUUGUGUGUUCUUGUGCACUACUACUACUACUACUACUACUACUACUACUACUACUACUACUACUCAACUAGAUUCAAAUUCAGCCCCUCCUCUUCACCCCACAAUGAGAUCAAAGUACAAAGCUUACAUACACUACUUACAAUUAGAACAUAUAGACAAGAAACUGUAGGUUGGCGCCAAUUACUUACCAAUACUGUGCCGUGAAGCUUAGAAGUCCUGUGUAGCCUGUCCCUGUGAUCUCUGUUUUGUUUUGAAGGGAGGAUACAUGUGACUGAGGAAGGCACAGAGGACUCAGUGUGUUAGAGAAGUGUGAGUGGGCAGGUCAUGCUGGGGAAGAGUAAAAGGAGAUUGGAUAUAGAGAGAUGAGUUGAAGGAGGCUGGGAAACUAUGUGAUAAUGAGCAGCAGAAAGAAAGGAAGAUUUUGUUGAGUUAAUAGAGUUUUUUUUUUAAGAUUAGAUAAUGAGUUGUGGAAACAGACAGGUGUGUUUUGUACAGGAACUGCCACAUGUAGGCCUGAUGGCUUCCUGCACCAAUGCCUUGUUUUCUUAUGUUAUUCUGUCCACUUCUCUCAGUCGUUCAGCUUCAUAAAGACAGACAAUCAUGAAGAAAACUAAACUAACAGAGGAUAUGAAAGAGGGAAGGACACAGGACUUCUGACCUUGACUGUACAGAGAAGCAAUACAAGGCCACACUUCUCCCACUAGCCACCCCUUGAACUUAAAUGUGGUAUGGACUUUUUAAACCUUUUGUAGUUAACUUAGUGGUGUGUUUAUGUGCUUGCAGGUUUGUGAGAGGAAGUGAGGGAUGAAACAGGUUUUUUUAUUCUCUCUCUCUCUCUCUCUCUCUCUCUCUCUCUCUCUCUCUCUCUCUCUCUCUCUCUCUCUCUCUCUCUCUCUCUCUCUCUCUCUCUCUCUCUCUCUCUCUCUCUCUCUCUCUCUCUCUCUCUCUCUCUCUCUCUCUCUCUCUCUCUCUCUCUCUUGGUUUCUUUCCUACUGUGAACAAAAGUAAUGGGAGAUGUUGAGAGGGGAAAAAUACUUCAUUUCAUCUUGUACUUUCCUAUCUAUGUAUUUCCACUUGUUUUUAUUGUUGCGAUGUUUAACUUUAACUGUAUGUGUGGAUGACAGAGUGAGAGAGAGAGAGAGGGGGGGCGGGGUUAGUAAAUAAGGCCAGUGUUUGUAUGUAUAUAUAUAAGUGGUGUGUUAUUAUUAUUAUUAUGUAUUAUUGUCUCUAAAUGAUGUUUUUUUAUAUUAAUGGAUUGCACCUUUAAAGACAUUUGUGUGUGUGUGUGUGUGUGUGUGUGUGUGUGUUUGGUCUUGACACAGAUCUAAACGAGAGAUGGAAUUUGUGUAGAUUGUUUUGUUGUUAUUGUUGUUGUUGUUAUUAUUAUUAUUAUUAUUAUUAUUAUUAUUAUUAUUAUUAUCAUUUGAUUUAUUUUAGUUACUUGUUUAUUUACAUGUUAUUUCUUCUUCUUAAUAUUAUUUUUUUGCAAUACAGGAAAUGGUUUUAGUGUAUUUCUUUUCUUUUUUCUUUUCUUCCUCUUUUUUUUUUUUUUUCCUUCACUUACCUUAUAACAACUGUCACCACCACCACCACCACCUCACCCCAGCACAACCCAGUCUGUGUCAGGCAAUGUGGCAUUUCAAUAAAUAUUUUUCAGA